CCUUAUUGUGGCUCAUUCGUGUAUUACCUAUUUGUUUUUUCUCUAAGCGUUUUAAUUUCUUGGAGGUUAUUUUAUGAAGUGCUAAUCUAGACUUUGUGUGCACGCAAUAAAGAUUAGGUGGGAUAUAUAAAUUGCGAUCGGUGUGUUUUUGUGGAUUUGUAUUUGAAAUGAGCGGUGUAAUUUGCAGUGAACACAUUACGAGCAUGAUAGGUCGACCUAGGGAAAGUAGACUCAGGCGGAUAUCAAAGAAAGUCUGCAGCUCAGAGUCUUGGAGAAGAAGACUACCAAUCACAAUAUGGUUGCCGAAAUACAAUAUCGACUAUCUCAUACGGGAUAUAAUAGCUGGUGUGACUGUUGGACUGACCUCGAUUCCACAAGGUAUAGCUUACGCUAUCAUAGCCGGAGUACCACCUCAGGUGGGUCUGUAUUCGAGCAUUUUCCCUGGUGUAGUGUACAUGCUGUUCGGCAGUUGUAAGGACGUGACAGUUGGUCCUACCGCCAUUUUGGCCGCGCUGUUGGCCAAAUACGUUGCCUACUCUGUGGACUUUGCAUAUUUGGCUGCAUUCCUGUCUGGGUGCUGCAUACUGCUGCUUGGAGUGUUACAGCUAGGAUUCCUCCUCGACUUCAUAUCUAAGCCCGUGAUCAGUGGGUUCACGACGGCAGCCGCGUUGCAGAUUGCUGCUACGCAGUUGAAGGGCUUGUUUAGGAUAUCAGGUUCCUCCGGUCACACGUUUGUGAGCGCACUGAUCAAUUUCUUCUCUAACAUCACAACAGUUCAACUGUGGGACACUGUGCUUGGAAUCGCUACUAUCAUAAGCCUUCUUGUACUUAAACGUCUAGUGUUGCCAGUAUCCGCCACGUCAUCGCAUUGCCGCGUGGUCACCGCUCGCAUCUGGCAAUACUUUGUUCGCGCUCGGAACGCGCUGGUUGUGUUCGCUUGCACUAUACUGGCGUAUAUACUUCAUCUGUAUGGAAGAACACCAUUCGCUCUAACCGGUAAGAUCCAUGGCGGUCUGCCACAUUUCGGUCCGCCUCCGUUCAGCACUCGCGUCGCCAACGAGACGAUAGGAUUCGAAGGAAUGCUGUCUGUGUUCGGUGCUGAAGGCUUCGUCAUGCCCCUGGUCGCCAUAUUGGAGAGUAUCGCAAUUGCUAAGGCUUUUGCGGGCAGCACAUCCGUGGACGGCAGCCAAGAGAUGUUGGCUAUAGGAUUCUGCAAUAUGUUGUCUUCGUUCUGCCAGUGUAUGCCUUCCACCGGAUCCUUCACCCGGACGGCCCUGAACCACGCCAGUGGUGUCGUCACCCCGGCCGGGUCAUUGUUCAAAGCGUCACUAGUGUUGCUAUCGGUGACUCUACUCACCGAUGCGUUUUACUUCAUUCCGCGGUCGACGCUAGCGGCCAUCAUUAUGGUGGCCAUGUCGUCACUCAUAGAUCUCAAGAUUAUCAAGCAACUGUGGAGGAACUGUAAGCUGCAGUUGAUGGUGUAUACAUCGACCGUUGUGGUGGGUGUGAGCGCUGGAUUAGAAUACGGCAUCGUUGCAGGCGCCGUAUUAGAUGUAAUACGAGCGAUGUACAUAGUUGCCCGCCCAAAUGUCACCACUCACACUUUUAAGGUGGGAAACAGGGAUUGCGUGUGCAUCGCCAUAGUAGGGCCGCUUUCGUACGCGAGCGCGGAACACGUAUCAAGAAUGCUGAGACGACACGCACGUACUAAUGUAAUAGUAUUGGACGCGAGACAUCUGACUACAGUCGAUAUUGGCGUGGCCGAGAAUGUUAUAUCUGUGAUAUUAGAGUUAGAAAGCAACCACACAUUCCUGUUGUGGAACUUCCCGGAUAAGAUCCGGGCGUUGCUCGAGGAUUUACACACGGGCUUUGGCAGUCGCUUCGUCACCGGACCGAGUAUAGAUCAACAUAUAUUAGGAUUAGACAUCGAGAGAAGAGAUCAUGUGUAUUAAUUUAUAAUGACUAGUAAUUGUCUACGAGGUAAUACACCGAUCAAAAUGAAAUUGAGGUCAAAUUCUUAG